CGUUGGAAGGGAAAUAUUUUCCCGGGAAAAUCUCACGUGGUGCCGCGCUGGCUCCGGCGGGGAACGGUCCGGCCAUGAGUCACCUCCGGGCGACAGCUGCCAGGGGGCUCCGGCGGAGCGGCGGGAGGGGAGCCUUGCGCAGGAAGGGCGCGUCGCCCCGCGGAGCGGCCCCCGCUCCAGCGCCUGCCCCGCCGCCCUCCCGGCACCUCUUCAGCGACCCGGCUGAGAUCGAGGCCCUGCGCGGGCACUUGCUGGCUUGGUACGACAAAUGCAAGCGGGACCUUCCCUGGAGGACGCUGGCAGCAACUGAGCUGGAUGCUGACAGACGGGCGUACGCAGUGUGGGUGUCUGAGAUCAUGCUCCAGCAGACGCAGGUGGCUACAGUGAUUGACUACUACAACCGCUGGAUGCAGAAGUGGCCGACGCUGCAGGCUCUGGCACAGGCAUCCCUGGAGGAGGUGAAUGAGCUGUGGGCAGGUCUUGGCUACUACUCCCGAGGGAAGCGUCUGCAGGAGGCGGCAAGAAAGGUGGUGUCUGAGCUGGCCGGCCAGAUGCCCAGGACAGCUGAGGACCUGCAGAAGCUGCUGCCGGGAGUGGGUCGAUACACAGCGGGAGCCAUCGCAUCCAUCUCGUACGGGCAGGCUACUGGCGUCGUGGAUGGGAACGUGAUCCGGGUCCUGUGCCGCAUGCGGUGCAUUGGUGCUGACUCCAGCAGCCCAGCCGUCAUCGAACGGCUCUGGGACAUGGCCAAUGCCCUGGUAGACAGGAGCCGCCCUGGGGAUUUUAACCAAGCCCUGAUGGAGCUGGGGGCAACGGUGUGUGUGCCCAAGGCCCCGCUGUGCGGGGAGUGCCCCUUGAAGCAGCACUGCCAAGCACAGCGCAGGGUGGAGAAGGAGCUGGCCUUUGCCUCUCAGAAGCUGUUUGGAAAACGUGCCCCAGUGUCUGAUGUUGAGGACUGUGGUGUUGGAGGCUGUCCCCUGUGCCCCCCAGCCACGGAGCCAUGGGACAGCAGCCUGGGGGUGACCAACUUCCCCCGGAAAGCAGCAAAGAAGCAGCCGCGGGUGGCACGAACGGCUACGUGUGUGCUGGAGCGGAGGGGCUGCCAUGGGGCCCUGGAGUACCUCAUCGUGCAGAGACCCAGCUCGGGUCUCCUGGCUGGGCUCUGGGAGUUCCCCAGCCUCCCGCUGGCUCAGGGUCUGCAGGAGGAGAAGCAGAGGGAGGUGCUGGCAGAUCACCUCCAGGCCUGGACAGGGCGGCCAGUGGCGGCUGGAGGCCUGCGGUUCAUUGGAGAGGUUGUCCACAUCUUCUCUCACAUCCACCAGACAUAUGUGGUCUACUCCCUGUCCCUGGAUGGGGAUGUGACCCUGGACCCUGCCUUAUCCCCAUCCCGCUGGGUGACGGAGGAGGAGUUCCAUGCCUCAGCUGUGUCCACAGCCAUGAAAAAGGUGCUGAAAGCGCAUGAGAAGCAGCGUGGGGAGGAGAGCAGCCCUGGAAAGGGCUCCAAGCGGAAGCGGGGGGCAAAGCUCCAGGGAGCAAGCAGCACCUGCCCUGGGACACAGCUCUCCCUCCGUGCCUUCCUCCGGGCACCCAAGUCCCCGUGAUGGCACCUUUGACAUCUGAGACCACUGGACACCUGCGCUGUAAGUGCAUUGGCUUCCCCAGCUCUCCCCUGGGAGUUGUGCCGUGAUGGGGCCAGUGUGGUUGUCCUGGACAUGACUCAGAGCGAGGCUUGCCCUCCCUCCUCAGGUGGAGCCCUCCUGGGAUUACUUGGCCCCGUAGAGCCACUACUCUGGCACUGCAGACUCGUGGCAGCAGGGGUUUCUCUCUGGCUGCAGGAAGGCUGUGGCCACAUCGCUCCCACAGCCCUGUCCCUGGCUGCUUGCCUGUACAGCAUCCACAAUUGCUGUCUGGCAGAUGAGGCUGUACCCUUCCUGGCCUCCAGUAGCCCUUUUUAUACACUUGUUUUUACUGAACCUGAGCCAUAGGCUUUCUAAUAAUAAAUCUAUGUGCGUUUUU